CCACCUAGUCAUCUCCUCGCGGCAAAGAAGGUUUUCAGUGAGACGAAUCUUAUCAUUAAGUGUGACGUGUCUGGGGCAAAAGGCAAGAUUCAAUCACCGGAAUUUCCGGAAGACCUCACGGGGUUGGACGAAUAUACUCUCCCAUCAUUGGGCUCUGAGGAUUCCUAAGUCUGGUAGCCUAAUAUCCUCACUUCAGCUAGGUGAUAUUGAAUAUGACGGUAACUGGGAUCAUCAUCACGGAGGCAGUUCUCGAAACAUCCUCGAGCCUAUGAGAAUUAUCCUGUGUAU